CUUGAGAUACAAAGUUAGGUUGUUGAUUUGUGAUUUUUUUUUUUUUUUAAACAUGUAAGCUUUUGCUGCCAUAAACCUCCCUGUUAGUACUGCUUUAGCUACAUCUCAUAAAUUAGUGGUUUGUUGUUUUUGUCUCCGGAUAUUUAAAAAAUUUCUUUGUAAUUUCUUUGCCCCAUUGGUUGGUUAAGAGUGAGUUUUUAAAUUCCACAUGUGUGGAUUUUCUUGUUUUUCUUCUGUUAUUGGCUUUUAGUUUCAUUUCACUGUGAUUAGAGAAGAUAGUUGGUAUGAUUUCAGUCUUCUUAAAUUUAUUCAGACUUGUUUUGUGACCUACGUUUUAUAUAAUUUUAAUAUGUAUCUGAACUUUCAGAGUUAAUUGUAAAGACUUUUCUGAAUUGUCAGUGUUUGGUUUUCUAAAAUAUGUUCACGCCUCUUCAGCAUAUUUACAAUAUUUUUGAAAAUUAAUAGACAUUCUUUUUUAGAAGUUUUUAGAUUUACAAAAUAUUUGAGCAGGAUAGUAUAGUGUUCCCAUGUUCUAACCACCCCUCCAACUGUCAUUUUUCCCUGUUAUUAACAUCUUACGUUAGUACAGUACACUUGUUACAGUUAAUGAACCAAUAUUGACACAUUAUUAUUAACUAAAGACCAUAGUUUAUUCAGAUUUUCUUAGUUUUUACCCAGUGUUCUUUUUCUGUUCCAAGAUAUAUUACAUUUAGUUGUCGUUUCUUCCUAAGCUUCUGAAGACUUUGUUUUUGAUGACCUUAUAAGGUUUUUUUUUUUUCUUAGCAGUUUUGAAGAAUAUUGGUCAGAUAUACUGUAUGAUCUUCUAUUGGAAUUUGUCUGAUAUUUUUCUCAUGAUCAGACUGCGGUUAUGGGUUUUUGGGAGGAUGUGUUAUACUUGACAUUUUAGUAUUCAGGUGUUCUCUUAGAAUACUGCUUGAAGCAAAACCAUCUGUGCCAACUGCUUUUAAGUUUUAUCCUCUUUUUUUGUACUCCCCCCCCCCACUUAUAUAAGUAAUAUUCCAAUUGUAUUUCUUAGGUAUAGAUUUUAAAAUACGUUCUAUCAUACUUCUUUGUAAAAUCUUUUUUUAAAAAAAUAUGUGUCUUCGCUAUUAUCAAAAAGAUAACACAUGUUGGCAAGGAUGUGGAGAAAGGGAGCCCUUGUGUACCUUGCUAGGAAUGCACAAUAAACAGCCAUUAUGGAAAACAAUAUGGCAGUUUCUAGAAAACUAAAAAUAGAAUUACCAUAUGAUAUAGCAGUCCCGCUUCUGGUUAUAUAUCUAAAGGAAUUGAACUCAGUAUGCUGAAGUGGUAUCUGCAUGUCCAUAUUCACUACAGCAUUAUUCACAAUAGCUAAAAUAUGGAAGCACCCUUGGUGUCCAUCAUUGCAUGAAAGGAUAAAUGUGGUAUAUAUGCACAAUGGAAUACUUUUCAGUCUUAAGAUAGAAAAAAUUCUGUUAUUUGCAAGAACAUGGAUGAACCUGGAGGACAUUAUGCUAAGUGAAAUAAACCAGGCACAGAAAGACAAACACCACGUAAUCUAAAUUGCGUGUAGAAUCUAAAAAAGUUGAACUCUUAGAAGUAGAGAGUGAAAUGGUGUUUACCUGAGGCUGGAUUGGGAGUGCAUGGGGCAAGAGGAGAUGUUUAUCAAAUGGUACAAAGUUUUAGUCAGGAGGAAUAAGCUUUAGUGAUCUGUUGCACAGAAUUAUGAAAUAUAGUAAUAAUGCAUGUAUAUUUUAAAAUUGAUGAAAGAGUAGAUUUUAAGUGUUUUACCACAAAAAAAUAAGUAUGUGAAGUGAUGGAUUUGUUAAUUAGCGUGAAUUAAUCAUUCUACUAUGUAAGCAUAUGUCACUUUACUCCAUAAAUAGAUAAUAUAUACAACUAUUAUUUGUCAAUUAAAAAUUAAUAAAAUAAAAACAAAGUGUCUCAAAUAUGCUGGUUUAGGUUUGUGGGGAACAAAUGCAGUUAAAAGGUUUUUUUUUUUCAGAUUUUGGAGAGUACGAGCAAAGCAAGAAAAUUCUAGGUCUGUGGUUUUGGGAAGGACAAAUCAGAGAUGAUAGUUUGAUUUAAUUUUGGAUGAGAUUGUUCUUGCAGCAAGAUGUUAAUAAGACAAAAUCUAGACUAAAUGUGUUAAAUGGGCUUGCCAACAAUAUGGAUGAUUUGAAGAUAAACACCGAUAUUACUGGUGCUAAAGAAGAACUCCUAGAUGACAACAAUUUUAUCUCAGACAAGGAGAGUGGAGUUCAUAAACCAAAAGAUUGUCAGACAUCAUUUCAGAAAAAUAAUACAUUGACUCUGCCUGAAGAACUGUCAAAGGACAAAUCUGAAAACGCCUUAAGCGGAGGCCAGUCUAGUCUAUUUAUACAUGCUGGUGCUCCUACUGUUUCUAGUGAAAACUUUAUCUUACCUAAAGGAGCUGCUGUUAAUGGACCAGUUUCACACUCCUCCUUAACUAAGACUUCCAAUAUGAAUAAAGGCAGUGUUUCAUUAACCACUGGGCAGCCUGUGGAUCAGCCAACAACAGAAUCUUGUUCAACUUUGAAGGUAGCAGCUGAUCUUCAGCUGUCUACACCACAGAAAGCAAGUCAACACCAAGUUUUAUUUUUGUUAUCAGAUGUAGCACAUGCUAAGAAUCCCACCCAUUCCAAUAAAAAACUACCUACCUCUGCUUCAGUUGGUUGUGACAUUCAGAAUUCAGUAGGGAGUAAUAUAAAGUCAGAUGGCACUUUAAUAAAUCAAGUAGAGGUGGGUGAGGAUGGUGAAGAUUUAUUGGUAAAAGAUGAUUGUGUCAAUACAGUAACAGGAAUUUCCUCAGGUACAGAUGGAUUUAGAUCAGAAAAUGAUACAAACUGGGAUCCCCAAAAAGAGUUCAUUCAGUUUCUUAUGACUAAUGAGGAAACAGUAGACAAAGCUCCACCUCAUUCUAAAGUAGGUCUAGAAAAAAAAAGAAAGCGAAAAAUGGAUGUAAGCAAGAUAACUCGUUAUACUGAGGAUUGCUUUAGUGAUUCUAAUUGUGUACCCAAUAAAUCAAAAAUGCAAGAAGUAGACUUUCUAGAACAAAAUGAAGAGCUACAAGCAGUAGACCCACAGAAAUAUGCUUUAUCAAAAGUGAAGCCUGAAUCGACUGAUGAAGACUUAGAAUCUGUGGAUGCCUUCCAACAUCUAAUUUAUAACCCAGAUAAGUGUGGAGAAGAGAGUUCACCUGUUCAUACUAGCACUUUUCUUUCAAAUACCUUAAAAAAGAAAUGUGAAGAGAGUGAUUCUGAGUCACCUGCUACUUUCAGUACCGAAGAGCCAUCAUUCUACCCCUGUACAAAGUGCAAUGUGAAUUUUAGGGAGAAGAAGCACCUCCACAGGCAUAUGAUGUAUCAUUUAGAUGGGAAUAGUCACUUUCGCCAUCUUAAUGUCCCAAGGCCAUAUGCUUGUAGAGAAUGUGGACGGACAUUUCGAGAUCGCAAUUCACUUCUAAAACAUAUGAUUAUUCACCAGGAGAGAAGACAGAAGUUGAUGGAGGAAAUUCGUGAAUUGAAAGAACUUCAGGAUGAAGGAAGAAGCGCACGAUUACAGUGUCCUCAGUGUGUGUUUGGUACCAAUUGCCCUAAAACAUUUGUGCAACAUGCUAAAACCCAUGAAAAAGAUAAAAGGUACUACUGCUGUGAAGAGUGUAACUUCAUGGCAGUGACAGAAAAUGAAUUAGAAUGCCAUCGAGGCAUUGCACAUGGGGCAGUGGUAAAAUGCCCGUUGGUCACUUCUGAUAUAGCCCAGAGAAAAACACAAAAAAAGACUUUCAUGAAAGACUCCGUAGUAGGAUCGUCCAAAAAAUCAGCUACCUACGUAUGUAAGAUGUGUCCUUUUACUACUUCAGCCAAAAGUGUUUUAAAAAAGCACAUGGAGUACUUGCAUUCAUCAUCAUGUGUUGAUUCAUUUGGUAGUCCUCUUGGACUUGAUAAAAGAAAAAAUGACAUCCUUGAAGAACCUGUAGAUAGUGAUAGCACUAAACCAUUAACUAAACAACAGUCAACCACGUUUCCAAAGAACUCUGCUUUAAAACAAGAUGUGAAGCGAACAUUUGGAUCAACCUCACAAUCAAGUAGUUUUUCAAAAAUCCAUAAGCGGCCACACAGAGUACAGAAAGCUCGGAAAAGCAUUGCCCAAUCAGGCGUAAACACUUGCAAUCAAAACAGCUCUCCUCAUAAGAAUGUUACAGUUAAAAGCAGCAUUGACCAAAAACCUAAGUAUUUUCAUCAAACAGCAAAAGAAAAGUCUAAUGCCAAGGCAAAUAGCAACUAUUUGUAUAGACACAAAUAUGAAAACUAUAGGAUGAUAAAAAAAUCAGGUGAAUCAUAUCCUGUGCAUUUCAAAAAAGAAGAAGCUAGUUCAUUAAAUUCUUUACACCUGUUUUCAUCAUCAAGUAAUUCUCACAACAGUUUUAUUUCAGACCCUCAUAAGCCUGACACCAAAAGACCUGAAAGCUUCAAAGAUCACAGACGUGUAGCUGUAAAGAGAGUAGUUAAGGAAUCUAAGAAGGAAAGUUCUGUUGGAGGGGAAGACUUGGAUAGCUAUCCAGAUUUUUUGCAUAAAAUGACUGUUGUCGUUUUGCAAAAACUUAAUUCUGCUGAAAAGAAAGAUAGUUAUGAAACAGAAGAUGAAAGUUCCUGGGAUAAUGUUGAGUUAGGAGACUACACUACACAGGCCACAGAAGAUGAAACCUAUAGUGAUAUUAAUCAAGAACAUGUAAAUUUAUUCCCUUUAUUUAAGAGCAAAGUGGAAGGUCAGGAGCCUGGAGAAAAUGCUACUCUUAGUUAUGACCAAAAUGAUGGCUUUUAUUUUGAAUACUAUGAAGAUGCUGGAAGUAACAACUUUUUGCAUGAGAUACAUGAUCCUCAGCAUUUAGAAACUGCAGAUGCUUCAUUGUCAAAGCAUAGUUCUGUUUUUCAUUGGACUGAUUUGUCUCUUGAGAAGAAAUCAUGUCCUUACUGCCCAGCAACAUUUGAAACAGGUGUUGGGUUAUCAAAUCAUGUCCGGGGGCAUCUUCACAGAGCAGGAUUAAGCUAUGAAGCCCGUCACGUUGUAUCACCAGAACAAAUAGCCACAAGUGACAAAAUGCAGCAUUUCAAAAGAACUGGCACAGGAACACCUGUUAAACGAGUUAGAAAAGCUAUAGAGAAGUCUGAAACCACUUCUGAACACACUUGUCAGCUCUGUGGUGGUUGGUUUGAUACUAAAAUUGGAUUAUCAAAUCAUGUUAGAGGCCACUUGAAAAGACUUGGAAAGACCAAAUGGGAUGCUCACAAAUCUCCAAUCUGUGUUCUGAAUGAGAUGAUGCAAAAUGAAGAAAAAUAUGAAAAAAUCUUAAAGGCUUUGAACAGUCGUCGUAUUAUUCCCAGACCAUUUGUAGCUCAAAAACUUGCAUCAAAUGAUGACUUUAUAUCUCAAAAUGUUAUACCUCUUGAAGCAUACCGUAAUGGCCUAAAGACUGAAGCUCUGUCAGUGUCUGCAUCAGAAGAAGAAGGGCUGAAUUUCUUAAAUGAAUAUGAUGAAACAAAACCUGAACUGCCCAGUGGAAAAAAGAAUCAAUCUCUUACACUCAUAGAACUUCUUAAAAAUAAAAGGAUGGGAGAAGAAAGGAAUUCUGCUAUUUCUCCGCAAAAGAUCCAUAAUCAGACAGCAAGAAAGAGAUUCGUUCAGAAAUGUGUUCUUCCAUUAAAUGAGGAUAGUCCGUUGAUGUAUCAGCCACAAAAAAUGGACUUGACUAUGCACUCAGGUAUGCCUGUGAAGCUUAGAACAUGUGUGCAUUGCAAUACGACGUUUACAAGUGCUGUUAGCCUGUCCAACCACUUACGCGCUUAUGCACGAAAGAAGAGUGCUGGACUUUUGACUGGUACAGCCUUAGAUUGUAAGCAAAAGAAAUCAAGGUCAAGAUCUGGAAGCAAGAAGAAAAUGCUAACAUUACCUCAUGGUGCUGACGAGGUUUACAUUCUCCGAUGCAGGUUUUGUGGCCUAGUCUUUCGAGGACCCUUGUCUGUUCAGGAAGACUGGAUUAAGCACUUACAACGACAUAUUGUAAACGCUAAUCUUCCACGGACUGGAGCUGGCAUGGUGGAAGUCACGUCACUACUUAAAAAGCCUGCCUCCAUUACAGAAACUUCAUUUUCUCUACUAAUGGCCGAAGCAGCUUCAUAGAACCAGGAAACCUUUUGAAUAGCCAAUUUGAAUUGGAUGUAAAUUUGAAAUUCUUUUUUUUUUUAAAGCCACAUUAAAUUAUCUGUUUAUAAAUACUAAAGCAGGAAAAUGGGGGAAAGUGAAUUACAAUGACAUCAGAGCAAAUCGAAUACUUAAAACAGUAAGUAGUCUAUAUAUUUUAUAUAGGGUGGAAGAUGUGUUUUUAAGGUUUAUGAAGUUUUAUUGGUUAACUGUGUUCACUCAAUAAAAAAGCAGUACAUGUAAGCAGCCAUUAAUAAACUGUUGCACAUGGAUACUUAUAGACAGACUUAUUGGACAAUUAUGUUUUUUGCAGUGUUACCAGAAUCAAGGCUCUGUUUAUUCCCCACAAGACUUGCAUAGAAAAAUAAGAUAUUAUAUUUUGUUUGUAUGUAUUUAGUGUUUUGUAUAAUACCAAGAACCGCUGACUAAAUUUACUUAAAUUAGGGCAUUAAAUAUCAUGUACUUCAUAGUUUGAGACUGUUCACUCAAAUAGGGCAGAGUACUAUUCUAUCUAGAUGUGUAAGUGUUUUUUUUAAAAUCACAUGGAACGGUUUUUUUUAUACUAAAAAGUGGAGGGAGAUUUGUUUAAACAAGUAUUUCUAAAAGAAAUAUGUACAUAGUUCUGGAAAUUAUUUGUGGUAAGGAAAUAUUCUUUACUCCAGUUGCAUUUCUCAGACAAUAAAGUGGUGCAUCCAUGCUACCUCCUACUUUGUCAACAAAGAUGCUAUUUACCCUUUACAUUUUUGUAUCAUAAUAGAUUUUAAAAAUCUAAUGUUCUUUAUUGCAAGACAUUCUUUUGUUAACAGGUUUGUUUCUUUUUAAUGUUUUACCUAAAAUUUGACAUGCUUACAGAACAGGUUUGCCUCUUACUUUAUUUAACAUUGUAGAAAUGUAAUUAAUAAACAAUGCUCACUACACAGUUUAGAAUAGACGUUCUCAUUUAUAUUAUCUUCCAAAUUUGAUCAGUUAGCAAAACUUAAUACACCAAUUAAAAUAUUUCUACAUAUGAUGAGAAUGUUUACAAUUUAAAUUUUAGAACUUGUUUUGGAUGUGAUUAUAUGUACGAAAAUCGUGUAACACUAUGCUCAUGCUAAGAACCGACAUAACAGAAUUACUGAAAUAAAUGUGCUGUGAGGAAUGGAAAAUAUGGUGCAGGUGUCUUGGUCAUGAUAAAUUGUGAUUCUUUUUAAAAUUUUUUUCCAAAAACAAAUUAGUUCUUUUAAUCUGAAAUCAGAUUCCUUUAUAAACAACAAGUUUUUGUAUGCAAGCACCAUUUUAUUUCAUGUAGUAUGGCUGAUACUAUAGUUGAACCAAGGAUAUGCAUUGAUUCUUUGCUUCGUAUGUAAAUAAAGUUAAAAACCGUUAAAAUAAGGAGUAUUUUGGUAGAGUAUAUACAUACCUCACUGCCAGUGAAAUUGCUUUCCUAUGGUAUAUCUCCUUACCAGAAAAAUCUCUAAAUAAAAAAAGGUUUAAAGAAAAUUAAAA